UAUUGUAUAAUUAAUAUAUAGUUUCAUCUUUCUCUCCCAAUAAUAUUUAUUUACAAAGGGAGAGAGUUAUUCUUCUUCAUCAUCAUAUUCAAAAUGGGUUGUGGGGAAUCAAAACAUGACGUCGCAACAGGAAACACCAUCCUCCACCGCAAGAAAUCUGAUAAUAGUAUCACGGCCAAGUGCAGCAGCAGCGCCAAAGACAUAGAAACCGUUCACGAAAACCCGCCUAAUGCAGCUGCUGAUCAAGUUAGCCAGAGCGCCGUUAAGGGCGGCGAUUCUGAGGAGGCCAUGAAGGAAGAGGAGGAGAAUGAUGUUUUGCUAAGAGAUGAUGAUGAGAAGAAUAAGAAAGAAAAGAUUAAUGAUGAUGAUGAUGUUGUGGUAGUUGGAAGAGAGGUAGGGAGAGAUUCUCCAAAUCGUUUCUUCUCUUCAAGGAAAGAUGAGGAAUUGGGGAUUGAUAUGAUCAUUUCCGAAGGACAGUCUGGCAAAUCUGAGUACAAUACUCCUCGCCAUGGAGCUGGGGCUGAACUUAACAAAGAUGCUUCAGUUUUGGGUCCUGAUCAUCAUGAUGAUCAGGAUAGGGAUCAUGCUAAUAAUCAAGAUCUUAAAGCAGCUGUAGUAGUUACACAAGCUGCUGAUGAGAAAGAAAAUGCAAAGGCUGUCAAUGUGGAGGAGAAUUUGGUGAAAGAAGAAGUGGAAGCGACCAAGGUGGAAGAAAAAGAUUUGAAGAUUGCUGAAGAAGUGAAGAGCACUAAUCAGAACGAUGAGGAGAAGCGUGUGGUUGGUUGACGAAAAAGGAAUUGAAGACAACAUGAAGAGGACAAUACUAUUUAGGAUAUUGGCAAAGAAAAAUAUGCAAGGAUUUUUUUUAAUGUUACUUUUGUUCUUCUGUAUGUUAAAUGUUGAUGUUGUUUUUAUAAGUGGUCUUGUUGAAAAUGCUUGUUAAAAUUUUGUGCUUAUAGUGCUGCGCUACCAAUGAAUAUCAUCAAGUAGUAUUGUUAUCCAUAUU